GGGGCGGGGCCAGCCGGGGGCGGGUCCUGCGACACCGCCCGGGAAGCAGCGGAGCUGGGCGGCCCCCGCCACAUCCUCCGCCUCCGCCUCCUCCUUCCCGGGUCUGAGCCAGCGGAGCGGAGCCAGGCCGAGCCGAGGGCUCCGAGGGCGCGGGCGGAGCAGGGCACGGAGCCAUGGCGCACCAGACGGGCAUCCACGCCACCGAGCAGCUGCGGGAGUUCCUCGCCAAGGCGCGGGCCGGCUCCGUGCGGCUCAUCAAAGUCGUCAUCGAGGACGAGCAGCUCACGCUGGGGGCGUCGCGGGAGCCGGUGGGCAGCUGGGAGCAGGACUAUGACCGGGCGGUGCUGCCGCUCCUGGACGCCCAGCAGCCCUGCUACCUGCUCUACCGCCUGGACUCCAAGAACGCCCAGGGCUUCGAGUGGCUCUUCCUGGCCUGGUCGCCUGACAGCUCCCCCGUGCGGCUGAAGAUGCUGUACGCGGCCACGAGGGCCACGGUGAAGAAGGAGUUCGGGGGCGGCCACGUCAAGGACGAGCUCUUCGGGACCACGAAGGACGACCUCUCCCUGGCCGGCUACCAGAAGCACCUGUCCUCCUGCGCGGCGCCCGCCCCGCUGACCUCGGCCGAGAGGGAGCUGCAGCAGAUCCGCAUCAACGAGGGGAAGACGGAGAUCAGCGUGGAGAGCAAGCACCAGACGCUGCAGGGCCUGGCCUUCCCGCUGCAGCCCGAGGCCCAGCGGGCGCUGCAGCGGCUCCGGCAGAAGGCCAUCGACUACAUCCAGCUGAAGCUGGACCUGGAGCGGGAGACCAUCGAGCUGGUGCACACGGAGCCCACGGACGUGGCCCAGCUGCCCUCCCGUGUGCCCCGCGAGGCCGCCCGCUACCACUUCUUCCUCUACCGGCACACGCACGAGGGCGACCCGCUGGAGUCUGUGGUGUUCAUCUACUCGAUGCCCGGCUACAAGUGCAGCAUCCGGGAGCGCAUGCUCUACUCCAGCUGCAAGAGCCGCCUCCUCGACUCGGUGGAGCAGGACUUCCGGCUGGAGAUCGCCAAGAAGGGCCCCUGCCACGGCGCCCUGCUGCCCCUGUGCCUCCUGGUUCAGGCCCAGGUGCUGGCCCUGGCCCAGGCCCAGGGCGCCCUGCCCGCCUUCCUGCCCUGCGAGGAGCAGACCCCCAACCACGUGGACUGCGAGUGGCUCUUCCUGACGGCCGUGCCCCGCUUCUCCGAGUCCUCGCCCCGGGCCAACGUCACCAGCCUCUCCCUGCGCUGCAACCGCAUCCGCCACCUCCACGACCAGGACUUCGCCCACCUGACCCGCCUGCGCAAGCUCGACCUCAAGUGGAACUGCCCACCCAGCAGCCUCAGCAUCAUGCACUGGGCCUGCCACAUGACCAUCGCGCCCCACACCUUCCUGGCCGUGCCCACGCUGGAGGAGCUGAACCUGAGCUACAACAACAUCACCACGGUGCCCGCGCUGCCCGCCGCCCUGCGCACGCUGUCCCUCAGCCGCACCAACAUCCUGGUCCUCGACGCCGCCAGCUUCCGCGGCCUGCACGCCCUCUCCCACCUGUACGUGGACGGCAACUGCUACUACGAGAACCCCUGCGGGGGGGCCGUGCGGGUGGCCCCCGGCGCCCUCCUGGGCCUGCGCAACCUCACCCACCUGUCGCUCAAGUACAACAACCUCACGGCGGUGCCCCGCGGCCUGCCCGCCGGCCUGCAGACCCUGCUGCUGGCCUACAACCGCAUCGUCGCCCUGGGGCCCGGCGACCUGGCCAACCUCACGGCCCUGCGGGUGCUGGACGUGGGCGGGAACUGCCGCCGCUGCGACCACGCCCGCAACCCCUGCGUGGAGUGCCCCCGGGGCUACCCCCGGCUGCACCCCGACGCCUUCCGCAGCCUGAGCCGCCUGGAGGGCCUGGUGCUGAGCGACAGCUCCCUCCACAGCCUGGACGACAGCUGGUUCCGGGGCCUGGACAACCUCACGGGGCUGGACCUGAGUGAGAACUUCCUGUACGACUUCAUCACCAACACCUCCGUCUUCUGGCGCCUGAGGAGGCUGCGCAAGCUCAACCUGUCCUUCAACUACCACAAGGGGGUGUCCUACGCCCACCUGCGGCUGGCGCGGUCCUUCCAGGGGCUGCGCGCCCUGGAGCACCUGGACAUGACGGGCAUCUUCUUCCGGGAGCUGAGCCAGCGCACGCUGCAGCCGCUGGCCGGCCUGCCCGCCCUGCGGAGCCUCCGCCUGCAGAUGAACUUCAUCAACCGGGCCCAGCUCAGCGUCUUCGGGGCCUUCCCCCGCCUGCGCCAGGUGGACCUGUCCAACAACCGCAUCAGCGGGGCGCCGGGCGCCGAGGCCGCGCGGGGCGAGGCGAACGCCGGCGAGGAGGGCGGGCGGCGCUCGGGGGACCUCUCGGCGCUGGGCCCCGAUACCCCCCCGGGGGAGGCGGACGCGGGGGAGGCGGGCGGGCGGCGGCCCCCGGGGGACCUCGAGGAUGCCCGGGGCCUCGGGGACUUCAGGGACUUCAGGCUGAGCUGCGAGAACCUCACCUUCACCCUGAACCUGUCUCGGAACAACCUGGUGACGAUCGAGCCCGAGAUGUUCGCGGGGCUGUCGCGCCUCGAGUGCCUGCGCCUGAGCUACAACAGCAUCUCCCAGGUCAACGGCUCGCAGUUCGCGCGGCUGCCCGGCCUGCGGGUGCUGGACCUGUCCUACAACAAGCUGGACCUGUACCACGGCCGCUCCUUCACCGAGCUGCCGCGCCUGCGCACGCUGGACCUCAGCUACAACAGCCAGCCCUUCAGCAUGCAGGGCAUGGGCCACAACCUCAGCUUCGUGGCCCAGCUGCGCAGCCUGCGCCACCUCAGCCUGGCCCACAACGCCAUCCACAGCCGCGUGUCGCCCGAGCUCCGCAGCGCCACCCUCCUGGCCCUGGACUUCAGCGGCAACGCCCUGAACCGCAUGUGGAACGAGGGCGACCUCUACCUCCGCUUCUUCCAGGGCCUGCGCUGGCUGCGGAGCCUGGACCUGUCCCGCAACCACCUGCACGCCGUGCUGCCCCACAACCUGGCCAGCCUGCCCCCGGACCUGCGGCGGCUGCGGCUGCGGGACAACUUCCUGGCCUUCUUCAACUGGAGCAGCCUGGCCCUCCUGCCGCAGCUGGACAGCCUGGACCUGGCGGGCAACCAGCUCAAGGCCCUGACCAACGGCAGCCUCCCCGCCGAGCCCCGGCUCCGGAGCCUGGACGUCAGCCGCAACCUCAUCAGCUACGUGGCCCUCGGCUUCUUCGCGCCGGCCACGGCGCUGCGGGAGCUCAACCUCAGCCACAACGCCCUCCGCACGCUGGACCCCGCCUGGUUCGGCUCCCUGGCGGCGGCCGCCGCCCUGACCGCCCUGGACGUGCGCGCCAACCCGCUGCACUGCGCCUGCGGCGCGUCCUUCGUGGACUUCCUGCUGCAGGUGCAGGCGGCCGUGCCCGGGCUGGCCAGCCAGGUCAAGUGCGGCAGCCCCGGGCAGCUGCAGGGCCGCAGCAUCUUCGCGCAGGACCUGCGGCUCUGCCUGGACGAGGCCCUGUCCUGGGACUGCUUCGGCCUGUCGCUGCUGGCCGUGGCGCUGGCCGUGGCCGUGCCGCUGCUGCAGCACCUGUGCGGCUGGGACCUCUGGUACUGCUUCCACCUGGGCCUGGCCUGGCUGCCGCGGCGCGGGCGCCGGCGGGGCGCGGGCGCCCCGGCCUACGACGCCUUCGUGGUCUUCGACAAGACGCACGCGGCCGUGGCCGACUGGGUGUACAACGAGCUGCGGGUGCGGCUGGAGGAGCGCCGCGGGCGCCGGGCGCUGCGCCUGUGCCUGGAGGAGCGGGACUGGCUGCCGGGCAAGACGCUCUUCGAGAACCUGUGGGCCUCGGUCUACGGCAGCCGCAAGACGCUGUUCGUGCUGGCCCACACCGACCGCGUGAGCGGCCUGCUGCGCGCCGGCUUCCUGCUGGCCCAGCAGCGCCUGCUGGAGGACCGCAAGGACGUGGUGGUGCUGGCCAUCCUGAGCCCCGCCGCCCGCCGCUCCCGCUACGUGCGGCUCCGCCAGCGCCUCUGCAGCCGCAGCGUGCUGCUCUGGCCCCACCAGCCCAGCGGCCAGAGCAGCUUCUGGGCGCAGCUGGGCGUGGCCCUCACCAGGGACAACCGCCACUUCUACAACCGCAACUUCUGCCGCGGCCCCACCACGGCCGAGUAGGGGGCGCUGCCCGGG